GACGGGGGUGAUGCGGUCCACGUCCAGUUCGUUGCACAGCACCACAAAGUGGUCCUGUAUCCGCUGGUUUUUCCAGGAACCCGCCAUUCCUGAGCUCAGUCGGGUACCCUGACUACAGACGGUUUAUCACCACUUUUCUGCGCGUCUGCUGGCUUGCCAGUGGACGAAGUUUGUGCACCGUCAGCAGAAGACCAGGGUCAAAGUACUAGUACACUACUCUUUGGAGGCGGAGCUUUGAACGUCGCCACACACAAGCGCCGAAACGUUUAGGCUGCUAGAGAAAAGGCUUGCACAGUAUGGCUAGUAGGUACGUCGUGGGGGAAGAGAGCUCGGAGUAUCUGGAGGAGGACGUCAGCUCUGAGCCGCGGACGGAGAACGUGGCCAGAGACGAGGCCCAACUGGAGUUGCACAGAGUGUGUUCCACGGCGACCUUGCCGGCGCCAAGGCGGCUCUAGAGAGAGGGGCCAGCGUAUCUGUACAUGACAGAUUCGGCAAUACACCACUUCAUAUUGCUGUCAUGUUGGGACACAAAGAGCUGGUGGAGUGUCUGCUGAGUCAUGGAGCUGUGGUGAAGGAAAAGAACAAGUGUGGGUGGACUCCCCUGGACGAGGCCAUCAGCUAUGGAGACAAGAAUACCGUCAGACUCCUGCUGAGGAAGCUGCGAGAACAGACACUCCAGGGGCUGAUUCAGAGGAGGCAGAAACUCAUCAGCUCUCUUCAGAACCUCGAUGACUUCUACGCGGAGCUGAAGUGGGAGUUCCAUACGUGGGUGCCACUAUUGUCUCGCCUUCUGCCCUCCGAUGUCUGUAGAAUAUACAAGUCUGGAAGUUGUAUCAGACUGGACUCGACACUGGGGGACUUCACGGGGAUGCAGUGGAGUCGUGGAAACGUCAGUUUCAUCUUCAACGGAGAGGAGGCUCGCUCAGACACGCUCUCUCUGGUCGUCCUCGACAACGACUCCAAGUCCUAUACCAGAAUGAAACUAAUGGGAGCUGCUGAGAUGGAAAUGGACCUUAACGAGCAUAUCAAUGUUCUCAUGAGCAAACCAGUGGUAUAUGCCAACAUGUCCACUCAGCCAAUCACUGUGUCCAGAGCACAGUCUGGAUGGUUCUUCAAGGCCGAGAAAACGGAAAGAGUAGGUGAAUAUUCAACAGACGUCUACAAUAUCACUAACCUUUCCCUCAACAUUAGAAAGAGGCGAGAGCACCUCACCCCCGAGCAAAUACAAGAGCGGAAGAAAAUGGCCAGGAAGGUGGCUAAUGGUCAGAUAGAAGAGGAGGACCUAAUGGAUGAAGAGGGUGAGGUGAUGUGUGUGUCUCUCCCUCCUCCUCCUCCCUCCAACAUCUCCUGGGACCAGUACAUCAACUCUCCCGAUGAAGAGCCCCCUCAAUUAGGGAGGAAACAAGAUCUAAAAGUGGAGCAGAAACACUACAAGGCCUCAGUCUGUGUGACAGAGGCCUGCCCUAUAGAAAUGAGAAAACUCUUGGACAUUCUGGAGGUUAUUGCUCCAUACAAACACUUUCACAAACUGCGGCAGUUCUGUCACAUGAAACUGCCUCCUGGAUUCCCCGUCAAACUUGAUAUCCCAGUGUUCCCCACAGUGACAGCAGUCAUCACUCUGGAGAAGUAUGAGGAGGUACAGACCGAGACCAGCAAGUUCCUCGUCCCCAGAGACUAGUUACCACAAGGUAGUUCCAAAGAGGACGGACCAACAUCACAAGACAUCAGACACUACUGAGAGGACUCACUCAUCCUCACAGUCUAAUAGCCACUAACGUCAUCAUUAUUACAUGCCAUACAGUAUCAUACAUGAUUGUUGAAUGUGUUUGUUCUACUGAUGAUGAUCAUUGUUGUGUUCUUCACACAAAAACCAUAGCUGCAUACCGUUCAUGUUAGCCU